AUGGAGACUUUUGUAAUCAUCAUCAUAGCUUUCGCUUCUACUUUUGCUGUUUUUAUAUUUCUUGCGGUUUUGACUGGAAGCGGGCUAAAAGGUGGAGGUGGUGGCGACGGAGGAGGUGGAGAUGGGGGAGGAGAGGAUGGAGGCGGUGGGGAUGUGGAGUUGAGUGGUGGAGGAAACGGAGGUGGCUUUGGCGGUGAUGGAGGUUUAACAGGUGGUUCUGAUUUUGGUGGCCAUGGAGGGGUUUGGAGUCAUGGUGGUGGAGGUGACGGAGGUUUUGGCGGUGGCGGCGGUGGAGGUGGUGGAUUUGGUGGUGAUGGAGCUUGUGUCAGUUUCUUUCCUAUCAUAUUUUCAAAAGUUGAUGAUAAUAUGGAAAAUUGCUAG